CAACACAAAACAACAAAACGUUACGGCGAAGUCCACGUAAGAAAAUGGGUUCCUUAGAUGCUUUCGUCUUCGUAGAAAAUACACGAACAUCAAAAAUGAACGAAAAACUAAAAGAUUCUGGUUUUCACGAGCCGUUUAGGAUCUUAGGUGAAUUGUCUUCUCAAGAAGACUUGAACUGUUCCAGUGUGGACACAAGUCCUUUGUUGACUAGUCAAAGCAGUACGUCGACUGGCUAUUCAGGGUCGUCAAAGAGUAAAUCAAUUUCACCCGAGUCUCAAAGCAGCAUAAUGAAGUAUUUUACUCCGCUAAGAAAAAGCAGUUCUGUCGUAAUUUUGAAGAGUAAUAAUGUAUCUCCAACUUUCGACAAGAAAGGAAAACGGCAGAUGAAAGGAAGGUAAGAUAUCUAUUUAUUAAUUCUGGAUAGUUUGAAACUGACCUCCAGUACGGGAUCCAGUAAGAGCCUUCUCAUAUUUUUCCAGUGUUAUACUAAACCUAAACUAAAUUAACUUUAUUUAUACUGGAUAUCUCUAACAGUUCUAAACUGUUCUCCCUGGAGGUCCAGUAAGGCCCAUCUUAUGUUGGUCCAUUGUAUCUACCGAAGGAAACAUGAACUAAAAUAACUUUAUUUAUACUGGAUAGCUCUAUCAGUUCUAAACUGUUCUCCCUAGAGGUCCAGUAAGAUCCAGUGUUACUAAAGGAGGAACUGACUUAAACUAAACUGAACUAAACUAAACUAAACUUAUUUACACUGGAUAGCUCAAUCUAAUUAGUUCAAAACUGUUCUUUUAGAGAUGCAGUGAAGGUCUAACCUUUUUAAAUUAGUUUCUUUCUGAUCAUUUCAGGAAAGUUACAUCGCCAUCAGGCUCACCAGUAUCAAACAAAAAAGAACAAAUGUUUCUGGUAAUUAUUGUAGCAAAAUUAAGCCGGAUCGAUGCUUACACUAUGAUUAAAUUAGCCUGAUGAUUUAUGAUUUAGACACUCAUGAUAUUCAACGAAGCCAUCAUUGCAGAGGACAUAUAUCUGCUACCUCUGUAGCGAGAAUAAUGACCCCACAGAUCCCACAGUAAUUAACAUGCAUCUGCACCAUAAAUCAGACUUAAAUACAAUCUACACCGUAAAUCAUUUAAUGCAUGUACUUCAAUGGCUAACAGUGUGUUAGCUACAGUCAUUAAUUGGGCGUUAUAUACGCAGUUUUUACAAUUACGUUUAGCCAGCAAUUUCACAAUUUAGAUUAGCCAAAAACGUAACUAUUAUAUUUGUAAAAGAUUGUUUAACUUUGAAGAAAAAAUGGGAGAAAUUGGGUGCUUAAAAUAUAUAUUUGUCUGUUUUUAGUACGCAAAAAAGGUGACUUGCACCUCAAAAGUUUCAAUUUAGCUAAGCUGGCGCUAGCCGCUAGGCCACAAGAACGUCACUUCAGAAACACGAUAUUCCUUAACUCCGGUCUGAAUGUCGCAGGCUAACUGAAAUUUCCAGUUUCAUUAAAUUGCCGAAUUUUUUUUAACCUUCUGGCUAACAACACCCUGGCUAACUACCCUGUACAGAGUUGUGCUUGAUUUUCUCUUGUGCUUCGAUGGCUUUUCACCUUUUGAAUUUCACGUCAGAAUUUCACCAAAAAUUAACUUUUCAACCUUCACUGUUCUCCGUGAUCAACAAGGGUCGUAUGGUGGCCCUAGACCUGACCACGGAAUAGGAAGUUAUACCAGAAGCGUAACUCGAGCAAACAUUUGUCCGCGUUUUUACAAGCGAUUCGUCAUCAAUCACGCCAUCCUGGCUAGUACAACCGGCACUUUGUACCUACCAAAUCCUGAUAAAAACUUCCGGCUGUACUAGCCAGGAUGGCGUGGAUUGACGUGAGCGAGUUAAAAUUUUCGUGGACGUCAAAAAAUAAGGGAAACGACUAGAGUUACGCUUCUGGUAUAACUUCCUAUUCUGUGACCUGACCAAGCGCGAGUUUUAACUCUAGUGGAUUCUCAUGUACUCUCAUCAUCAUUUAAGGUAAUUCCGCAGUUUUGCAUUGCGCACUUUUACUGCGCACAUCUUAUAACUUAUAAUUUCAUCCAUUAUAUACGUACCGUUUAAAAAAAUCAUUUUAUGACAAUUUUAUGUUACUUCAAAACAUCUUUGGUUACAUUCGUGCAAAGAAUUUCGUCAAAAUCAAUGUUUUCAAAAUUGGCAUACAAAAGUGUAGCUAGGGUUCCUGUGUCUGUAGUAUAUUAAUUUACUUGUAUUUCACGUUUUAAUGCCACAAUUCCCUAAAAAGAUCGGUGACCCCCGUUUUUUAACUGAUAAUUUAUUUGUUUGAUGCAUUUUACAUAUAAUAUCCGAAAUUAAAAGAAAAAUUAUUUCUGGAUCUUGAAAAAAAAUAUUUUAUCAAUGCAUGUCAGUCAAAGAAAGAUAUGUAAAGAAAUGUGGAAAAGACAUUUGUGGAUCAGAAUUGUACACGUUAGACGUUAGUAGUUUCAAUUUGCUCAAAACACAAUAUUUUUUCAAAAAUAAUUACAAGAUAGGUUUACUAAAGCAAAAUCCGCGCUAAAAACGUCAAUAAAUAUCGGGUUGUUGUGCUUUUGCUGUUACUCGUAAUGAGCGUCAUUCCGUCAAGAUGGCGCCAUAUUGGGGUAAAGGUGGUAUAUUGUGAUUGUCAUAUCUUCUUAACGAGUUCGGUGACCCCCACUUUUUUGUGUGAUUUUACUUUAAGUAUAUCAUAAACUCCAUGCCUGGGAAGUUUCAGCACAUUCUCAUUUCGGGAACAAUUACUGCGGAAUUACCUUAAGCUGGUUCAAAUUUUGAUGAGAGCUGAUGAAAGUUUUCGUCGUGGAAUAUCCAGUCAACUCUCAUAAAUUCUCACGCAACUCUUGUUCUCAUUUGACCGAAGCGAGAAAACUCUUCUGCAAACUUCCGCUUCCCAACUUGAUCAGCAUUCUGUACCAUUCUUUGCAACAGGGCAAUUCGCAUUUACAAUACCAAACAUGUUUUUCAAAUUUUUAGGAUCUUGGUCAAAAGAACUUUGGUCACAUAACAUGUCCAACGUGUAACAUGGUCUAUACCAGCGCUCAGCCCGAAGACGAAGCUUAUCAUGUUAAAUUUCAUCAUACAGUCGUCUCUGGACUUCGAUUUAAGGUGAUUCAUCAGUUUUGCAUUGCGCACUUUUACCGCGCAUAUCUAAUAACAAAUUCUAGAUAAUAUAUGUAGUCGAACUGCAAUGUAUAAAGUGAUAAAGAAAGAGUAAGGGCAAAGACAAAAACACUCUGUAUUGAUUAGGCGUGCUUCGGGGAAUAUAUACCUUCAAAAAUGACAGAACUCUGGCUAGGGCUCCUCUCCUAGGGCUCCUGAGAAGAUGGGAAAAGACAUCUUUGCACCACGACAAUGCUCUACACUAUUCCCAGAGAUAAGCCGAUUAAUUGGAACUGAAAUAAUCGGCAAUCAGCAGUCGGUAUUUCAACUGUCAGAUGUCCGUAAAUAUUUUGUAAAAUGUCAAUUUCAAAUUGCUGUUUCAUUGUUACUGGCCUAUCAGAUAUUUUGUAAGAUGUCUGAUAUUUUGUUAGUUGUCAGACAAUAUUUGAUUUGUUACAUUUUCAGGGCUGGAAGACCGAACGUGUUGUUGAACAUUUCGACGACGGUCGAGUCAUUGUUGUUCUACCUCAAGAUCCACCAUCCCAUUUAAAAAAGGUCAGUUUUGCAGGAAACGUGCGUUUGUAUGCAGUUUAUUACUGACCCAAUAAUUUGCAGUUGAAAAGAGUGCUUCCAGUGUAAACACCGCAGAUUUUCUUUAAGUACUGCGGUUUUCUCACUGCAAGGUUGAUUCCAGUGGCGGACACUGGGUGGGGAGCAGAAAGACCUAUAAAAGUCUUGUACCAAAUAUCACAAUUCACGACCAUUGCUUAUAGGAGCAAGUGGCAAGCAUGCAAUCACAUCCAUAUAACGUAAUUGUCAUAUUAAAUAAUGAAAAAAUUGUCAUAUUAAAUAAUGAAAACUUAAGCUAAAGUUAGCAAUAUAGUAAGCAAUAUAUGAUUCUGUACAAUGCAUGCCAAUGAUGCCACAAGAUACGCAUUUUAUGUUAAAGUACAGUAUAUUUAACCAAAGCAUUGUGAGUAUUUUCUCGUGAGCUCACAAAUGAAUUACGCGCUAACAGUAUAAAUUCCGCUAAUCGCUAUUCGAAAAGUAGAAAAUGUAUGGUCUAGCAGAUUUUUUAGGGUUGUGCUAGGCACCACUAGGUGGGGUGCGCCCCCCACGGUAGAUCCGUCCCUGAAAAAAUCCAAUUGGAAAAUUGCACUUUGAGAAUUGAACAUAUAAAUUUCUAUCACCUAUGAAGCUUACAAGCAUGCUGUCAAUGUUAAAAUGAAAUACUGUAAGCUGACUUGAGAUCUUUGCAACAAUUUUUUUAUACUUGAAUUUUUUAUUUUAUAGGUUUCCAGUGUUCGUACUGUAGUUGAUGACGAGCUUGGUUUCUCGUCAGAGACGUCAAUGAGAAUGCAAGAUUCCAAGGUAUUGUAAUACUUUAUCUGUGCAAACAAGCUUCAUUGUUGUAAAUACGAAAGCAGUAAGAAACGGACUUGAAUAUCCAAGCAAUAAUUUCUGGUAUUCUAUUUUGCAGACGUAUAUGUUCGUUGCAGACAAGAAAGUGGUCGGAUGUGUUGUUGCAGUGGUUAUUCAAGAGGUAUCACAGAUUUGUUUUAAUUUUCCUCUUCAGUCAGACCGAAAUAGUUUAUAGUUUCGUUCCGUUCGAUUCAGUUCUGUUCAGUUUAGUUUUACAUUUUUGUUUUUUUAAUCUUUAAAAGUAUUUUUCAAGGAUGGAUCCAGGAUGAUCUGGUAAGAGGGGGGUGCUCUGCCACCUCUAGUCUAGUGCCGAGUUGUGUCGGUCAUGUGCGCCGCCCGCCCAUCAACUUGCUUGCCUACUGCAAAGUCUUGCUUGUCUACUGUAUUUGAAUUGUAGUUGUUGUUCACAGUUCGCUUAUCAUCAUGUUAUUACUCAAAUUACUGUAUCUCAUUUUGUCUCUAAUAUUUUUGCUUUGUCAUGAAAAAUAGCACCACCUGCACCCCCUCUGGCCAGGGCUAGGGAUGUGUGACCCCGCACCCCCCCCCGCCCAGUAAAUCCAUCCCUGACCCUGGUAUUUUUCAAUCUAAAAGACGGGGAAGUACAUCAGAUUUCAUUUGCAAAAUUUCAGGCAUUUCCUCUUUUGCCAUGUACAACAAAUGGAGACAAAAUUGAAUCUUCGGAGCAAGGUGCUUGGUGCUGCAGGUAUAAAAUAAGUUAGCUUGAUAUGUUUGAACUGCUACACUUGCCGUUCAGCACAAAGUUAAUUUAACCUUAUUUUACUUUUGUAGCUCAGCGCCAGUGCGUGCCGAAUGUGGAAUCAGUAGGGUCUGGGUACUACAGCAGUAUAGAAGGAAGAGGAUAGCUACUAGGAUAUUGGACUGUGUCAGGUAUGGAAUUUACAUACGUGGUGAUGAUGGUUGUGAUUAUGAUGGUGGUGAUGAUGGUAGUUGCGGUGGUGAUGACUGUGAUGGUGUAUUGGUGUCCUCAUGGUGAUUGUGAUGAUGAAUAUUGAUAGUGAUAAUAAUGGUUGUAAUGGUGAUGGACUGAUGGUGGUUGUAGUGAUGAUCAUUAUUGGUUUAUUUAUUUAUUUAGCUUUUGCCAAAUAGGGCAGGAUCACCACAACAGCAUAUGACCGGAAUGAUGGUUGAGAUGGUGAUUGUGAUGACGAAUAUUGAUGGUGAUAAUAAUGGUUGCAGUGAUGAUGGUGGUUGUAGUGAUGAUGAUGAUUGUUUUAUUUAUUUAUUUAUUUAUUUAUUUUGCUUUUGCCAACUAGAGCAGGGUAACCACAACAGCAUAUGCCAAUUACGGUGGGCCCUUUUUAUCUAACCCACCCUGUCAACUUUCCCUGUGGGAGGAAAUACUGGAGUAGCCGGAGGGAAUCCACGACUUUCGGCAGAGCGUUUUUACUCUUUUCACAUGGGGACUGGGUCCGAGUCGCACUGAGAAAGUUCUCAUUGAGAUUUGGGCCUGUGACCUCAGAGAUGAAAGGCAGGUGCGCUAACCGCUUCGCCACCGAAGCUCCAUUGUAGUGAUGAUGGCGGGUUCUAGUGAUGAUGGUGGUUGGUGAUGAUGCCGUUGUGGUGAUGAUGGUGAUGAUGGUAGUGAUCCUGGAUGGUAAUGAUAAUGAUGAUAGUGAUGUAAUGGUAAUGUUUGUGCUCAUGGAGAUGGUUGAUGUAAUAAAUACGUUUCUUUACAUAAUUUAAAUGCGCUUUCCAUUUAAUGGCCCGAAAGAUCAGACCAGAAUUUCCGUCCCUAUACUAAUGGAAGGAUCUGAUCGAGAUUUUCCUUUCAGACCGAUCCGAAGCCUAAAUGUUUUGUAUUCCAUUUACAGUAACAAUUUGAACUUAAUGGAAAGCUUGCUAAUACUUUGAUGUAUUUAGAAAUAACUUUAUAUUUGGCGGAGUGGUUUCCAAAGAAUUGCUGGCAUUCUCAGAUCCGACUCCUCUCGGAAAACAACUCGCAGAAUCGUACUGUGGCAAUGAAAACUUUCUAGUGUUUCGAUGACUUCUGCGUGCAAACCUCUGGCUAUUUGUUUCCAUUUAGUGAGCGUUUUAUAAUAAUGGCUACGUUGACGAUGUUUCUGCUAACCCUGGCUUGAGUUUUAGACAAUUUAUACAAAGUUAUUUAUUUAAAAGUAUAACAUAUAUAGAAAUAAUACAAGAAUUAUGAAUAUGAUAGAGUUGUAUUUUAUAAAAUUGAAUUGUAAAAAAAUUCGUCUGCUUUACUUGAAUUGAGUCAUUUUGAACUUCUUUGGGUAGUUGUUCAAAAGUUGGUUUAUAGCUUAAUCCUAGGGUGACAUUAAACAGAG